UGCUUUCAGUUCCAUCCAGACUCUAUAACAAGCUGGUUGCCCCCCGCUUCGCAGUUGAUCGUUCGUUCUCUUUUGUGUCACAGUGAAAUUUACUUCUGCAACACCACACUUGAUCAGAAAUGGCUCGUACCAAGCAGACAGCUCGUAAAUCGACUGGAGGAAAGGCUCCUAGGAAGCAGUUGGCUACUAAAGCUGCACGUAAGAGUGCCCCCUCGACAGGAGGUGUGAAGAAGCCACAUCGUUACAGGCCUGGAACUGUAGCUCUUCGUGAGAUCAGGAGAUACCAGAAGUCGACAGAGUUGCUCAUCAGGAAGUUGCCCUUCCAACGUUUGGUUCGUGAGAUCGCUCAGGACUUCAAAACUGACUUACGUUUCCAGAGUGCAGCCAUCGGUGCCCUUCAGGAAGCCUCCGAAGCAUACUUGGUCGGUCUCUUCGAGGACACAAACUUGUGUGCAAUCCACGCCAAACGUGUCACCAUUAUGCCCAAGGACAUCCAACUGGCUCGCAGAAUCCGUGGUGAAAGAAAAAUGGCACGUACAAAGCAGACAGCCCGUAAAUCAACUGGAGGAAAAGCUCCUCGUAAGCAGUUGGCUACCAAAGCUGCACGUAAGAGUGCACCUUCCACUGGUGGUGUCAAGAAGCCUCAUCGUUACAGGCCUGGUACAGUAGCACUUCGUGAGAUCAGGAGAUACCAGAAGUCGACUGAAUUGCUCAUUAGAAAAUUGCCAUUCCAACGAUUGGUUCGUGAAAUUGCACAGGAUUUCAAAACUGACUUACGUUUCCAGAGUGCAGCAAUUGGUGCGCUUCAGGAAGCCUCUGAAGCUUACCUGGUUGGUCUCUUCGAAGACACCAACUUGUGUGCAAUUCAUGCCAAGCGUGUCACCAUUAUGCCCAAGGACAUCCAACUGGCUCGACGAAUUCGCGGAGAGCGCGCUUAAAUAGCAUUAUCUUUCAUCAUCAUAUGCAUACCCUUUAUUCUUAACGUAAGGAUAAUGACAAUUCAUCGUGAUCCAUGGAUUCAUAUUAUUUUUUAUAUAUUUUCCCUCAUUCCAAUUUUAGGACUCGAUUUGUAUCAAAAUUCAUCAGUUGAUGGUACUCACUCUGUGAGCACAUGAUCCUUUGUAACUAAAUAUUUCGAUGAUAACAUCAGUUUCAUCAUUAAUUGGACUUACUCUACCAAAUGUAGAUCUGUGUUGGCUUGUUUUAUAUCUACGAUGAAUAUAGCUAUGUACUGUCAUUAAUAUCAUCAUAAUCGCAUUGAAAAACAUGCAUGCUCCAGCGAUGUCAUAGGGAGUCAGAAAAUAGUUGAUCAGAAAUCCAGAAAAACUUGAAUUUAAACAUGGGAGAUCCACGAUUUUCGGCUGCGUCCAUAUUGAGUAAAUCAUCUAGAGUAUAUUUCGAUAUUUCAUAAUCCAUUGUGUGAAAAAAAGUUUCAUAAAUAAAUUUUCUGAAUGUGAA